ACAUUCAAAAUUCGACUUUUGUCAAUUCGACUUUUUCCGCAUUCGACUUUUCUGCAAUGGUACAGAUGCUGCAAUUCGCCCCAAGCAUAUUCAAUUCAAGUUUGGAAAUUCGCCUGCAGUGCUUUUCGACCGCAAAUUCGCCUAUUUCAGUCCGCCUCAGUUGACUGGCGGGAUCUAAAAAAAAAUUUUUAGAACAUCAUUUUUUGGGAUAUUUGAGGAUUGAUAGUAGCAUAUCUAUUUAUAUUUGAAAGGAUUAUCUACUUGGUUUGUCUUUUUUUGCUUCACAAGUAUUAUUUAAUUGAUUUUUUAAAGGAAUAUUUUUUUCUUCAAUCUCCUGAGGGAAAUUUACCCAUGAUUCCACAGUUUUACCCAGGAUACACUUCUGCAAAGCCCCUCCUAUCUCCUCACUCCCAGGUUUGAGACUACAGGGAGAGGAGCCAUUACAGUCAGCUCUGUGGAAUCGUUUUUUUAGGAAAAUCCCUGCGUUUUAAAACACAUUCCUAUUUUUGUACUGACUACAAUGAUGGAGCCUUUUUCUGACCAGAUUGUGAUGUUCAUGCUGGCUGCAAGCAUGAUGGAGGAAGAAAGUGCUGAUGAACAUCAGGAUCCAGGUCAGCAAAUGUCUGCAUUGGGUGAGCCAGUAUUGCGGGUUUCAUUUCCACGUCCACGCCAGUAUCGCACUAGGCGUGAACUGGAGGAUCUCUGCGAGUUCGAGGUGAUACAAAAUUAUCGCUUAUCGACUCGCGACAUAUAUUCGCUGUACGCUUUGUUGGAGGCCGACUUGGAACCUCGGGCACGGUCAAAUCGUGCAAUCAGCGGUUUUCAGAAACUGCUGGGGACGUUACAUUUUUUGGCGUCAGGCACAUUCCAGCCUACACUGUCUCAAACAUGCGGUUUUUCACAGUCGACACUGUCGCGCUGUAUAACCCAAGUCAUUAGGGCUUUCCGCAAAUUGACGAUCCAGUACAUCACAUUUCCAGAGACGGACAGCGAAUGUCGUGAGAUCAAAUUAGGCUUUUUCAACAAAUACAAAUUUCCCAAUGUGCUGGGCGCGAUUGACUGUACCCACGUGCAGAUCAGACCGCCACGGAAUUCAGAGGAAUGUUUUCGGAACCGAAAACAGUUCCAUUCCCUGAACGUGCAGGCGGUCUGUGAUGUAAACAUGAGAUUUUUGAACAUUUUUGUGGGAUUACCUGGAUCAUCUCACGACUCCUUCAUCCUAAGCCAGUCAUCGCUGUUUGACAAGUUCGAAACAGGAAACAUGCCUGGUGGCUGGCUGUUAGGCGAUGCGGGUUAUCCAAACAAACCGUGGCUGUUGACCCCAUUGUCUAAUCCUGUUGGUAGAGCAGAAAAACGUUACCAAGAGACACACAUUGCAUCGAGGCAAAUAAUUGAACGUGCCUUCGGUGUACUUAAAAGCCGGUUUCGAUGUUUAGACACUUCCGGCGGUGCUCUUUUGUACUCACCGUCGAAGGUUUGCGGCAUGGUAAAUGCAUGUUGUAUUUUACACAACAUAUGUGUCGCAAACCGUUUGCCGGUGACUCUUCGUCGUAUUGCUUUCUUACGCGGGAACCGGUCUUCUGCUCUACCGAGUUUUACAUCCUGUUGA